AUGGUGUUGAAUGGGCUAUUGAAGGCCAGCAAAGAAGAAAAUGAACUAAUUUCUAACAAGUUACCAAACGAGUUGCCGCCAUUGAGAGAUAUACAACACCAUAUUGAUUUGAAGGGUUUUAUCAAGGAAAGCUUGAGUCCCUGUGCAGUUCCAGUCAUUCUUGUUCCAAAGAAAGAUCAGUCAUGGCGUAUGUGUGUUGAUAGUCGAGCAAUCAACAAGAUUACAAUAAAAUACAGAUUUCCCAUCCCGCGAUUGGAAGAUAUGUUGGAUGUGCUCGAAGGCUCUAAGGUGUUUUCCAAAAUAGAUUUGCGCAGUGGAUACCACCAAGACAAGAAACCAAUUGCUUUCUUUUCUGAAAAGUUGAGUGAUGCUCGUCAAAAGUGGAAUCAUCAAGCUUUGAAGUAUAUUAACAGCCAUAAACAUAUUGAUAAAAUGCAUGCCAGAUGGGUAACUUUUUUGCAGAAAUUUUCAUUCGUUAUCAAGCACACUUAUGGCACCUCAAAUCAUGUGGCUGACGCGCUGAGUAGAAGGGCUUCCUUGUUAGUUACUCUUACUCAAGAAAUUGUGGGGUUCGAGUAUUUGAGGGAUUUAUAUGAAGAUGAUGAUGAUUUCAAGGAAAUAUAG